AUGAGUUUGGUAGGGAAGAAAUGUGAAUCAAUAACCCUUCUAGAACAAAGUAGAAAUGAAAUUUGUACGAAAGUAACGCCAGAGGACGUUUUAAAGUUGGACAAGAUAACAGAGACAUACUUAUGUAGUCCCGAAGCAAAUGUAUACGAUAUAGACUUUACAAGAUUUAAAAUAAGAGAUUUGGAAACUGGGACUAUAUUGUUCGAGAUCGCGAAGCCUCCGACAGAUUUUGGUGUAGAGAAUGACGGCGCUGAGGAUGGACUGGAAGAACCACUCGAUCCCAAUGCUGGACGAUUUGUACGAUAUCAAUUUACACCGCAAUUCUUAAAGUUACGUACGGUUGGGGCAACUGUUGAAUUUACUGUUGGUGCAAGACCCGUUAAUCACUUCAGAAUGAUAGAGAAGCAUUUCUUCAGGGAUACUCUGCUGAAAACAUUUGAUUUUGAAUUUGGUUUCUGUAUACCAUUUUCAAGGAAUACUUGUGAACACAUUUAUGAGUUUCCUUCUCUUCCAACGGAUCUAGUUGAGGAGAUGAUUGCUGCACCAUUUGAAACUUGUUCGGACAGUUUCUACUUUGUGGACAAUAAUCUUGUAAUGCAUAACAAAGCAGAUUAUGCUUAUAACGGAGGUAUCAAUAAUUAA